AUGGAUUAUUCAAAUGUGAAAGGCGGUCGAUUGAAUGACAGUUUUAGCGGGAAAAAUGAAAUGAACGAUGAUCAAUCUACUGUACUGCUUAAAACUAAUGCUAAUCAAAUGAAUUUCAACUCCCUUAUCAAUCAACAAGCUGUGAAAUCAUGGCUGCCAUUGCCACAUCCAUGUAUAUUUGCAUCGAAUUGGUCAUCAUCCGCCUUUCAAUUUAAUUUAUUUAAACAAUAUCCAUUCUUUUGUCUUAAUUCAAAUGCUACGCCUCCAAUGAAUGUAAUGGAUUCAGACGUAAGAAUUCACCAAUUUGGAACUGUUACAAAAGAGGCAAAGUCGAGUAAUAGUCAUUGUGUAGAUGACAGUGAAGAUAACGAAGUGGUUUCAAAUAAUAGUGAACUUACUGCCAAAGACGGAGACAAGUCAAUCACAGAAAAUGAAGCUGAGGAUCAGAAUACACCGUUGUUAACCAGCAGUAAUCAUAAAGAGGGGAACAAUUUCCUCCCAAAAAAGUUUACAACUCGUGAAACCACGAAUUUUUUAAAAUCAUGGUUAAAUGAGCAUAGACACAACCCGUAUCCUACAAAAAAUGAAAAAGUUAUGCUCGCUUUGACCACUAAAAUGAGUCUGACUCAAAUCUCCACAUGGUUUGCUAAUGCAAGAAGACGAUUGAAAAAAGAGAAUCAAAUGACUUGGGCACCGAAAAUUCGACACCACAGAAUAUCUAUACAUUCUUCAGUGAAUGGCAGUAAUACGCAUGGUGGUGGUCGCAUUAACCGUAGAUACGACUAUCACAGUUCUCAAAGAUUCAGUAAUAACAGUAAUAGCCUGUCCAGAUUCAAGUCUACACCACAGACAGAUUUUUUGACGAAUCAAAUUAACUCCAGUAGCAUAUAUCAAUCACAUGAAGACAAUACAUCUCUGUUAAGAAGGCAAUUAAUUUUGGAUCAGUUAUUACGUAACAAUAAACAACAACAACCACAAGAGCUGUAUUCAUCACAGUUUAACGAUAAUUUAAAAAGAACUUCCAACAUUUUAUCGAUUAAUUCCAAUUUUACUGAGAUUAUCCCUGUCCUAGGUCAUGUAUCUGUUAAAGGAACAUCUAACAAUCACAAUGUCGACAGUCCAGCUGAUGAGGCUGAUGAUGACGAAACUCGAAUUCAUGUCAGUGAUGAAAUAAGGGAUAAUGAUGAGCAUAUUUUGUUGGAUGAUAAGAGUAACAGCCAAGAUACUCCACGAAUUCCUGCCAACAGACCAACUGACGAUGAUGAUGAUGGCGCUAUUCCUUGCUCUACAGCAUCUUCAUUGUCUUCUUCGCCUACAUCAGCUAAAAAUGCUUCAGAUAGAAAUCUUCAAAUGAACAUCUCGAAAAUUUGGUCAGUUGCAGAUGUGAUUGAUUAA